ACAAGAACCCCCACUCCCCACUUGCCACGGCUUUUUGUUCGUGGCACUCUUUCCUCAAAGGUAAGGACACAGCUAUCGUCUUUCUCUCAAAAGGGGAAAAACGGCAACAGCUCGAGAUCUGCGACACUGCGAAGCACUCCAUUUCGUGCUACCCAUCAGAAAUUUUCCCCAACCACAUUCCUGUUUACGUAGAAUGGAUCGCACCAAUACCACAGAAUCUCACAAUGGCAGUGAGAGAGAUCUCCAGAAGAAUUCACCAAAUCAAGAAGGCACUGAUGACAACAACAAUGAAGUCCCUGUUCGUGGAACGGAUGAGAAUCAACGGGAUGAUGAAGGAGAUGAAGGCGGUGAUGAAGAAGCUGCCACUGGGGAUCAGGAUCAGGAAGUACAGCCAUUACUACCACACUCUGUGACCGUCCAAGCAGACCCAAAAUUCAUGGAGAUUUCGGAUCAAGAGCGGGAAUGGGCACUGGCGAUCAAGCGAGCAGUGGAAGCCAGUCCGGAAUUAGACAGCAUUCCCGACAUGAUGUGUGCUCAUUUGGCCAUAUUCUCACAGGGUGACUUGGAUUGUGCUGUGAAUCGUGUGUUCAACCUUCAAGCCUACAGGAAAGAGUACAAUAUUGUCAAUUCUAUCGAAGAGGGCAAGAGGGUUAUUGAGAAGUACAAUUUUGUAGACUUUCAAGGUAUUGUGCUCUCCUUUGAUUUUGAUUUGGAGAUUGGCAAUUCUCUGGUGGUACUUGAUAUUACCAAACUCGACAAAGGUGUCUUCAAAUGUCAUAGAAAGACCAAGGAAAUAUUCAUGGCACUGUACUAUGGGUCACAGGCCUACUUCCCCAACCUGGAGGUAGUGAGAAAAGGCAAUGUACAGAUUGCUGAGUUUGAGGGAUUUGACCCUAGCAAGAACAUGGUGGAUGGCAAAAUAUUUAGAAGGGGGUUGAUUGAAAUCCAUGGAUCUUAUCCCACAGUCGUUUCCCACCUGUACAUGUAUCAUACACCUAUGGUAGCCAACUUAAUGGUAUCUCUGGGCAAGCGAGUGCUGCCAAAAAAUUUGUUCCCAAAAAUCACAAUGGGGUGUACUUUUCCAGGGCGCCUGGACCAGUUCUAUGGUCUUCCAACUAUUGAGGCUGCCACACGGAGGGCAUUGGACAACCUGUACGAGUCUCUUCGAAUCCGAUAUGAAAAUGAAAGGACUUUCAGACUAUGAAGCCAGUAUACAACUCCCUAUUGUAGCCCAGUUGCGUUGCCGUGAUCAGCACCACGAGGCGGGCAAAUAGUAGUAUGUAUUUUUUUUUAAAAACGAUGUCACUUGCUUCGGCUGUCAC